AAGCCACAGUGCUCCGUCUGUUGGGAGACAAUCUAGGCGAGCAGCCUGGCACCAGACACAAGUAAAGCCUGACCCUCCUCCGGUGAAGACCCACCAAGGCUAUGCCCUCCUCUAAUUGCCAGGGCGUCUGGCUCAGAGCCUGGGCAAUUAUGUAGAGAAUCACUGCCUGGUCCUAGCACAGAUCUGUGAGGCUGGUGCUGCGACAUAACUGCCUGAAGCUGUCACAUCAAACCACUGUACCUGGAUUGCUAAGAGUAGCAGUGUCCUCUGUAUUCCCCCAAAGCCCCCAUACUCAGCAGCAUCAUGUCCCUCGCACACACAGCGGCAGAGUACAUGCUCUCCGAUGCCCUGCUGCCUGACCGCAGGGGCUCUCGGCUCAAAGGGCUGCGUCUGGAACUGCCGCUGGAUAAGAUGGUCAAGUUCGUUACUGUGGGCUUUCCCUUGCUGCUGAUGUCUCUGGCUUUCGCCCAGGAGUUCUCAUCAGGGUCUCCGAUCAGCUGCUUCUCUCCCAGCAACUUCAGUGUCAGACAGGCUGUGUUUGUGGACACCUCGUGCUGGGACUCCCUGGCUCACUAUAAGCAGGAUGAGGCUGGCCAGUACACGGUGAAAUCUCUCUGGCCUCACAAGGCUCUCCCCUACUCUCUACUGGCCCUGGCUGUGGCCAUGUAUCUGCCAGUGCUGCUCUGGCAAUAUGCAGCUGUGCCAGCCCUCAGCUCAGACCUGCUGUUCAUCAUCAGUGAGCUGGACAAGUCUUACAACCGCUCCAUCCGCCUGGUACAGCACAUGUUGAAGAUCCGGCAGAAGAGCUCUGACCCUCAUGUCUUCUGGGAUGAGCUAGAGAAGGCCCGGAAGGAACGGUACUUUGAAUUUCCCUUGCUAGAGCGGUACCUGGCAUGCAAGCAGCGCUCCCAUUGGCUAGUGGCCACCUACCUCCUGAGGAACGCCCUUUUACUCCUCUUCACCUCAGCCACUUACCUGUACCUUGGCCACUUCCAUUUAGAUGUCUUCUUUCAGGAAGAAUUCAGCUGCUCCAUCAAGACAGGCCUACUCCAUGAGGAGACCCACGUGCCAGAGCUGAUCACAUGCAGGCUGACCUCCCUGUCUGUAUUCCAGAUUGUGAGUGUCUCCAGUGUAGCAAUAUACACCGUACUGGUCCCAGUGAUAAUAUACAACCUCACGCGGCUGUGUCGGUGGGACAAACGACUCCUCUCCAUCUACGAGAUGCUCCCAGCGUUUGAUCUCCUCAGUAGAAAGAUGCUAGGAUGCCCCAUCAAUGACCUCAAUGUGAUCCUUCUUUUCCUCCGAGCUAAUAUCUCUGAGCUCAUCUCUUUUAGCUGGCUUAGUGUCUUAUGUGUGUUGAAGGAUACAACCACCCAGAAACACAACAUUGACACAGUGGUCGAUUUUAUGACCUUAUUGGCUGGCUUAGAACCCUCAAAACCUAAACAUCUCACCCAACAUACAUAUGAUGAACACCCAUAGUUAAAAAAAAAAGAGGCAUAAGAGAUAAGUUUUAUAGAAAGUAAGACUCCUUCACAAGCUAUGUAGAGUAAAAGAAAAAUAAUAAUGAUGUCCGCAUUAAAUUGUUAAGAUUAGACUUAACUGAAAUAUCCUGUAUUUAUAAGAAGAUAAAAAUCAAUGCAUGAAAGUUCGAGGUGAAGUCUGAAAGUGAAGAGUCAAAGAGCUGAAAAAUUCAGUCUAGAGAAUUCUGAGGACAGUAAAUGCUAAACGAUCAAGUUGAAGCCAAGUGCAAACAUUGAACACAGAACAAUUCUAAAGGCCAUUUAUGGAAGGAAAUUCUCACAAGACCCACCCACUCUAGAAGUCAUGCUUGCCUCUGCACAAUGGGCAGGUAGAGCAACUUAGUAAGAGAUUAAUAAGGAUAUGACCCCCCUGAAACACUUUGAUUUGGCCUGCCCAUCCUGCUUUGUGGACAUUUUCAGCCUUGCCAAGCACCCCAUGGCCUGCUAAUGAGACAAGAAAUAGUGAUGGCUUUAACUUGUAAUCUGCUCUUGGAACAUAGGACAGAGGCAAAGGCCACGAGUUGACUCUGUAAGUCAGUUACAUUUUUUAUGAUAUUAACUGAGGAAUCUUUUCCAUGAGGGCUCAUAUUAUAGACUAUGAACCCCUUCUAAAGUCUUAAUGAGUCUAGGUAUGUUCUUAAUAGUCCAAGGGAUACUACACGUUCACUGACAGCCAACUAGUGAAGGCCAGUGGGUUAAGAGGCUUGCUGGCAAGUCUGAUGACCUGAUUUCAAUGCCUGGGACCCAAAUGGUGAAAAGAGAGAACUGAUUCUCCAAGGCUAGCCCCUGAUCGCCACAUACAAAACAAAGUAAACAAAAAAGUAUUAGGCAAGAUGAACGUGAAAGUCAUAUUGAUCCACUUGUGUAAUUCACCGUUCA